ACUCAUGCAAAUGAUGCAAUAUUCCGCUCUCAAGCCGGGAGCAACAACUCUGCAACCAACGCGUCAGUCGUGGGGUUAGGAUUGUACGUAAAUACACACGUACUCGGGGGGGUAUAAGGGCCAGGUGUGAGCUCUCUUGCAUGACUUGCUUCACCGGCUCCCCCACGUAAAGUCCAGUCAACAUGAAGUUCUUCCACAACAACAACAUCCUCGCCUCCCUCCUCUUCCUCCUUAUCAGUAUCAACUCCGCCUUUGCCAUCAUAACUCACAUCCAAGUACCUUCCAUCCUCCUUCGCCCCGGCCACAAAUUCACUGUCAAGUUCUUCACCGAGAACCAUAUCAUUCAGAAUGCCCAGUACUACGUUAUUUUCGGAUUGCAACCGGGAACGACUCCACCACCUGGCUCGAAUGUGGGUGAAUUCGUCUUGACGAGUCCUCAGGGCGAUUUGGUCGAGGGUCAUCACUCCGUCACUGGGCAUGGAAGUUUCACCGUGGACGUCACGUUGCCCAAAAAUUUCCCCGUUACUGGGAAGACGGAGAAGUUUGUGUUAACGGCGGCUGCGCUCCAAACUGCUGGAGCGUUGAAUGGAGCAGGAGUGGUCUUCUUCAAUGGAAUUGUCACCAUCGCUUCUCAUUGAGUCGAUCGAAGUUCUAUCUGAUGGAGGCGGGGCUGUCGACGGGGGAGAGAAUUUGAACGAUCUGGGCGCCGAAAGAGUUUUAAUAUCAUCUUAGUAUGUCACUGUAAGCCUCAUCGAACUAGGUGAAAAAUGGAGUUAGUACGGUAAGAAGACCCUUCCCGACCCAAUCAACGAAGACUUCUGGCCACAUCGAAGCUCAACUGCAAACCGAACCAGAAUACAUACCGCCGAGUUAUGAGAAGUUCGGGCUCAGAAGCGAUCUGUAAAUCUUUCAAACCUGGGCGGCGGCGAACGUGUAC